GGUCAGGGUGGAUAGCUUUAUAUCGUCAGUCUGUUCUGAUCCUUAAAGAGAAGAUUAGAUUUGAGUCAAUGGCAAUACCAGAGAGACAGGGUGGUGGUGAUGGUGACAGAAGCAAGUGGAAAUACUAUGCCUUCCUGGUGCCCAUGCUGGGACUCGCUGCCUUUGGAUGGAUCUGGUCCAAGCAGUUUCAAACGGAAAUUCAGGAUGACAAAGGUGAGAUCAAUCUUCAAGCCCUGGCUUUCCAGAAUCUGAAACUCAAUGAAGAACAUUGUUACAUGAGGUUGGAAGAGAAAAGUGAGCUACCUAGACUGUUUCAAAAAGCUCUGGAUAUUGAAAAAGGACGAGAGCAGAUUGCUUUAGCAGUUCUGAAUGAUGUAGAAUACAGGCUGAUGGAAAGACAGAGGGCCUUUUGCAGUAUUUUUGUGCACCAUACAAGGAGGGUAGAAAUGGAGAAAGACCUAUUGAUUUAUACAGCCAAAGAACCCCUUCUUGCACAUCUGCAUAUGGAGGACGGACUCAGGGAUAUUUUCAAGAAUGAUCGCAGUUGUGCUGAGUAUCUCAACACAGAUAAGCGCAGGAAUGGGAGUCUGAUGUGGCUGUAUCUCAGAUACUGGAAGCUGCAACUCACUCUUCAAACACACCAGAGAGCUAAGGCAGCUAUGCUUGGCACAGACAACAAGUGACACUGGGAGAGCAGAAAUUAAUCUGUUUCACUAAAAUUAUGUA